ACUGAACAUCCGGGAAACGAUUUCCGUAAAAUAACAUAAAAUAGCCGCAUCAUUUAGAGAUUCUUUCAAAUUUCUAGGGCUUACAAGAGCGGAUGUCGUUGUAUGAGUACGGAUCAAAGAGUUUAUAGUUAUGGUUUGCAAAACUUGUUUGCAAUUCGAAACAGCUCUUCGAAUCGAUGAUUCCUAUGAACGUGGGAUGAAUCUCUCGCCCGCAAGGGUGCUUGAUUUGAUAAAAUUUUUAAAUGGUUGGCCUGGGAUGGGUUGCUCCUGCAACGAAUUAGAAAAUGCAGAAGAUCUAAAGCGCUCUAGCUCUUUAACAAGAGAACUUAUAGCUCAAACUGUCCGAUUGUUAAGAAGUUGUUCGUCUCAAGAGAUUCCUCAAAUUGACUAUGAUCUUUUGAUAAGCAGCCUAAACCUCCUUAACACUAUUUUCACAAUUCGCUAUUACCCUUAUGUUACUCAACGGAAGUCAGCUGGAGUGAAUGAUAUUAUUCAGCUUAAUAAUAUAGAUGCAGAAGACAAACCUUUGUUACUUUAUUGCGAUUCGUAUAUUCUGAUUGAUAGAGAUAUUCCAAGAAUGCUUCUCCGUAAUAUUGUUCAUUUUUAUGAAUUGCGCGGACUGCAGGCUAUACGAGGAUUUUUCGCAAACCUGAGAACGGAUUCUAAAGUUCCCCCUCAAAUUAUUCACGAACUUUUUACUUUGGUGCAUAAUCUUCGUUCUUACAUAAAUCAGGCUUCUGCCCAACAACUUUUAGACUGCAUUAGGAAACCUGCUAUAGAAUAUAUCUGUCAGUUGUCGGAAGACGAUUUGAAACUAGCUGGGGCAAAGGGUCUUGCUGAUAUUAUUUGGUUGGCUAUAAAGCCUGUAAAUGAUAGUAUGCCAUAUGAAUAUGAUGAAUUAGCUUUAAAAGUCACUCUUAAGUAUUUUACUUCACAGACUUUGAGUUUACGGUUAUCUGCAGUUGCAAACAUAAAUUCAUACAUAUCAACGGCUAAUGAAUGUGAUGAUAAAUCAGAAACGGGGAUGAAUUCUAGAAUUGCUGACUGGAUAGUAGAUAAGAAAAUUAUAGAGUACACUUUUGGCCCUAAUGUUCAUGGAGAAGUAGUUAAACAAAGUACAAUGAUCGUUCAACAUGUGGUUGCUGAAGGUAAACUAACCUCUGAUCAUUUAGAGUGCAUUUGGGAGUCUAUAAAACAAAGACAUUGUUCUAGACAUGUAUAUGAAUGCUUGACGGUUGUAGUAAGGCAUCUAAGUCCUCCUUUAGCUCAAAAAUUGCAUACUCUUCUAUCUCAGCUCUCGCUUUCUGAAUAUACCGAACAAACAAUCAUGGUUUUGGCUCACUUAACAGAGAAUAUUUGGACAAGAUACGCUAAUGAUGAUGACGAUGAGGAUGCUGACGAUGAAGAGGAUGAAAUAACAGACUUACAUCCUAGAAAGUGUCGGAAGCAUUGGCAUCUUAUGCCAGUUCCUAAUGCUGCAUCAGAUUCGUCGAUUGGUAGUAUGGUAGAAGAUAGCGAAGGAGAUAAUACUCCUGAUGUGAAUAUUAAUUCAGUUGAUUCAGAUGUAGAAGAUUACCUACGAAAGGAAACAUUUAGAGAUGAUAUGAUCGCGACAACUGAGCUGAAAAUGGAUGAAGAUGACUAUGAAUGUAGUUCUUCAAGAGGCAACACUCGAUCGCCUAAAAACAUGGACGAUUUUGACGGUGAAGAUUCUAUUCAGUUCUUGGAACAUAUUCCUGCAGGAAAUACAGAAAUUCCAAAAACAGUAGAGCAAGCGAAGAAAAUUCCUAGCAAACGAUCAAGAUCACCAUUAGCAAUUGAACGACUUCAAAAUGAAGAUUUUACCGCCAAAGGAAAAACUCUUUUAUGGGAUCUACUACAGGAUGAGGUUUUACCUCAAGCCCUAACAAUGGAAGCUGAAAAAGUUUUAUCAACAUUACUUCUAUCUACAGGACAAACAAUUAGAGCUCAGUUUAUCAGGGCUUUCGUUCAGAAUGUCGCUAAACAUAAAGCUGUUUGUAUAUGUUUGCCACUCCUGCAGAAGUUGUUGAGCUAUAACAAAACAAAAAUAGCGAUUUACAGUGCUGUACAUAGAGCUUUAACUGAGCUAAAGUUAUUAGAGCAUGUCCUAAAUGAUAUAAAAUAUUGGAGGGAACACCUAAGCUCGGAUUGGGAUGUAGAUGAUGAAAAAACAAACGGUUAUAUAAGAAUGUCUUUUUUAACUUUUAUAUUCUCGUCAACAGCAACAGAUCCAAAUGUGUCCUUAACUGAGCAAGGAGUUGACAUUAUAUGGCAUGCCUUGGCUCUUUAUCCCCAUACCAGAAAUGAAUGCUUAAAUUGGUUUUUAAAUGAAAUUAAAGUUCGCUCCCAACAUUCUCUUAAUUCAAAAGCUGUUGAACAUUUGCUGCAGAAAAAAAUCCCUUCUCUACCGAUUGAGCAUACUUCCAUGAUAGGUUUGCAAUUGUAUACAGUAUUAAUGAGAGUAGCCUUUAAAGAAGGUAUUAGUACGGGAAUGGAGCACAUGGAACACGUUUGGAAAAUAGCUGUUGAAGCUCACGACGCUGGUGUCUCAGAAGAAGCUAUCACAUGCAUUAACAACAGACUGGCUGAUGAUAAUCUAGAAUAUGAAGAAGCACUAAUUAAUAGAUGCAUGAGGUGUAUAAGACAUUCGGUUGAUAAUUUACCUCAUAAAUUACCUCAGCUGUAUAGGGUCUUGCAAUUAUUAAAAAUGAAUAUAUGCCACGUUAGUACUCAAUAUGCCUAUACCUUACGUCUUUGGUCAAUAAUGGGAAAAGGCGUUCCUGUUCAUCGAGUAGCUGUCUACGGUAAACAUGGUCAGCAAAUGCACUUACAAGUAUGUGCCAAUCUUCAUCAACAAAAUAAAACUAUACGACAUACGUUUGUUGUAAGCAACAUGGACAGAGUUGCAGAAUUAAGAGCGGAUUGCACCUCCUGGAUUGCAAAUCAGCUGGGUCGAAGUCCUGAUCUAGUCGUACCUGUUCGUCUUAUUGUUCAUAAUAGGGAAAUAUCUUAUGAUGCAGAUGAAAAAACAUUAUCAGAAGUCAGACUUUCUGAUGCAUUAACAGUCAAUGUACAUCUGGUCUGUUCUUCCGGACCAAAGUCAGAUUGCUAUCCUCUUGUUCCUCCAAGAAAAAGACUACCCCAGAUAUUAAUGAUAGAUAAGUUUGACCUUUUAUUUGAAGCUCUUCAUGCCGUAGCAAGCUGGAAAUCACCAGAUCAGAGUGUACAUCUAUUAGCCAGAAGAGUUACGAGUGCAAUUCAAGAAUUAUUAUGUGUUCUCCCAACUGAACCAUUCAUUGUAAAAAAACUACUUUCUUUGAAAGAACCAGUCAAUUGGAAUGAUCUUUUAGACGCGAGGAACCCUCAUCGAUUAAUUUACGCUUUAAAUAUUAUUGAUGCCCUAUCCAAGCCUACAAAAUUCAAUUUAUUAGCUUUGAAAAGAUCUGCUGAUUUAGUCAUUGAUAAUACUGAGAAAGAAGAAUCAUCAGAUGAACAAGAAGUGAAAACUAAUGAAAAGAGUUGGAAGGAAAAGUUUAUUGAUGCGAAAGGUCUUGAACACUUUAUCAAAUUGCUCUUCUUCGAAGAGCUCCAUAAGUUAGAUGAAAAUGGUAUCUGGAGCGAAUGGCAACAGGAUUGUAUGGCUCCUCUUUUAAAGCUUCUUUCGCAUUUAGCUAUGCACGAUGAUGACGAGGCGGAUUUUCGGCGAAGGAGGCAACUUAAAAAUAAAGUUUUCCGUCUAAGAGACUCAGUUCUUCAAUCUGUUGACGUAAAAGUUAUUGUUCAAAAACUUAAACAAAUUAUAUACGAUGUAACUGCCACGAAAGACGAUUGGCAAUUAGGUUCGCCUACACGUUCUAGUCUAGUGCACUUUACAUUCAAGUUGCUCAAUGCGUGGUGCUUGUGCUCUAUGGAUAAGGAAGCUUUUUGUGAAGGUAAUUUAUCUUCCUGGUUAAGGCGUUUAUUAAUUCUUGAACCAGAGCCAACCGUUAGGCGCGAAAGUACAAGUGGUUUAUAUGCUCUAUGUAUGGGACAGACAUCUCACGGACACUGUGGAUAUUCUUUUAUAAAAGUUCUUGUCAAAGCAUUACUCAAUUGCUUGGACGAUGCUCUCAAGUUGCCGCCUGUACAAAGGCAAAGACCAGUUGAAUGUCAGGAUAAAGACUCUGACAUUUUGGGACCAAAUUGUCAAGAUUUUUUUAAACUGUUACAAGAUUUAGUUGAAGGAAUCAGAAAUGAAGACGUAAGAGAAUCAUGGAAAAAUGGAUGGGGAGGUUUGAACUUGGAUGAAGUCAUUCAAAGAAUAUCAAAUUUAAUUCAAAAUCGAUCAAUAAUUGAAACAAGACACGAUUCUAUUCAAGAUCAAUCACUUAUUGGACUUUUAAAUAUUUCUAAAGUUAUUGCUAAAAUGAAUCCACCAUUUAAAGAGACAGAGGAAGGUAGAAAACUCACAGAAUACGUAUUUUGGUGUUUAUUUGCACUACCCGACAAGCAAUCAAGAAAUUUACCAAAAUGCAAAUCAGACUCUGCUAGAUAUGCAGCUUAUAACUUGUUAAUGGCUAUGAUGCUCGAGAGUGAAGAGAAUUUCAUGUUUAUACAUAAAAAGGUUGAAGAAGAACAAUCCACCGUUUCCCAGUCAAUUACUGGUUGGGAUUUAUGCCCUCUUGAGGAAGCUCGAGCUGGCUGUGGCUACGUUGGACUAACUAAUUUAGGAGCAACUUGCUACUUAGCCACAUGUAUGCAACAUGUUUAUAUGGUGCCAAAAGUUCGCAAAGCCCUGUUGGAAACGUCAUUCGGCUGUUCACAAGAUGCCUCGUUGAAAGAAAUUCAAAAGAUGUAUGCUUUUUUGAUGGAGUCUGAGCGAAAAGCAUAUUCGCCAAAGGGUUUAUGCUCAGUCUAUCUGAUGGAUAGACAACCUUUGAAUACCACUGAACAAAAAGACAUGAGUGAGUUUUUUGCUGAUCUCUUAUCCAAAAUGGAAGAAAUGGAUGAAACAUUAAAGCUUACUGUUAAAAAUUUAUUUGGAGGUGUUAUUAGCAACAAUGUAGUUUCAUUGGACUGUGGUCAUGUUAGCCGGACUACAGAAGAUUUUUAUACCGUUAGAUGUCAAGUUGAGGGAAGAAAAAAUCUGUAUGAAUCAUUAGACGAAGUAACUAUAAAAGAUGUUUUAGAUGGGGAUAAUAUGUAUACAUGUUCAGUUUGCGAGAAAAAAGUAAGGGCGGAAAAGCGAGCUUGUUUUAGAACCCUGCCUAGAUACUUAUGCUUUAACAUAAUGCGAUAUACAUUUAAUAUGUUAACGAUGACUAAAGAAAAGAUAAAUACUCAUUUCUCAUUUCCGAUGAAAAUGGAUAUGUCUAGAUACAUGGAAUGUAAUUUAAUGAAUUCAACAACUGGUGAAAACGAUGGACAUCCAUUAGAUACUGAAAAUUUUGAAUUUGAGCUAGUUGGAGUAACUGUUCAUACGGGAAAUGCUGAAGGAGGUCAUUAUUACUCAUUUAUCAGAGAUAAAUGUAGAGAAAAAAGCGACGAAAGCAACUUAUAUCCAUCAUCUCCUGCUUGGUUUAUGUUUAACGAUUCCGAAGUAAAACCAUGGGAUCAAGCACAUAUGGCAAGCGAAUGCUUUGGUGGUCAUAUGACUAGUAAGACAUAUGACUCCGUACAUGAAAAAUAUAUGGAUCUAUCAUACGAAAAAUCAAAUAGCGCUUAUAUGCUAUUUUAUGAACGUAUUCUACCGAAUGCUCCAGUUGAAAAGUGUCAAGUUGAACUAAGCUCUGAGCUGGCCGAUUGGAUCUGGGAAGAUAACAUGAAAUUUUUAAGAGAAAAGCAUUUGUUUGAUACUCGAUACUUUCAAUUUGUACAAGAUAUGUGCACGACUGUUGCUCAUACUAUUCCAUCUAGCACAAAAUUAAACAUAUCUCUUGCUCGUUUAUUAUGUACUUUUGUAAUGGAUAUUCUUCUACACGCAAGGGAAAAGACCUACAUGAUGAAAUGGGUAGAAGCUUUGAGCUCACAUUUAACGAGGAGCUUGCAAACAUCGGAUUGGUUUUUUGUUACUCUUGUUGAAGAUGAUAUGAGGUGGCCUAAGCAAAUUUUAUUAAAAUGUCCGAACAAUAUCACUAGGGAAAUAUUUCAAAGACUUGUCGUUCAUGUUGCUAAAAUGCCUGAACAACGUUUAAUAUCUUCAGAUGACAGAGAAUCAAAUUUAGCGAAAUUCCUACUUAGUCUUUUAGAAUUAUUACACGUAAAAAAUGCUACUUAUUGCAAACAUAUGAGCCAAUAUUUUGCUUUGGUUAUCGAUUUUGUUCGUCUUGGGCCUAUAGAAGCAGAAUUUAUGAGGAAAAAUUGCGCAAUUUCUCACUGCGUUGAUUUUUACUUGAGAAGAUCAGCUCAAAGGGCAACAAAGAAGCCUUCCAACGACAUUAUAGGACCAAAUUUGCCACUAAUCUCGCCAGAUAUUAUGGAAGUACAUUCUAGUGAUGAGGACGAUGACGAAGAAGAUGAACGAGAGCGAUUAUCCUCUCUAGAUAAUAUGGUUCUUUUAACUGUGAUGCUCGUCGACGAUAGCCGCGAAGAAUUAGACUCUCAACUAACCCUAACCGAUAGCGAUACUAAAGCACUUUACCAAGAGGAUUUCAUAUUUUUAAGCCGAGUUAUCAGAGAUGGGGCAAACGGUCGGCAUAUUUUAAAAUUGAUCUUGUCUUUGGUUCAGGGUGACGAAGACCUCGUAAACCGGGUAAUAAAAACAUUAGUAAACGGAAUGACAGGAAUGAAACAAAGAAUUUCUGGCCCUUUUUCAAAAAUGUUAAGCUUAUUAUCUGAACAGGAAGAGUGUGAGGCGGCUGUCCAAAAUGUUUUAUGGUCAAAGUUAUCAGAAAGCCCCAUACAUGUACUUGAGUGGUUCGGUGAAAUGGUGCCAAAAAUUGAAACUAUUAGAUUAUUCGUUAAAAAUAGAAUGUCGGAUUGGGUUUGGAAUUAUUUGGUUAUAAAUCCUGAUUUGAAGGUUAGAAAUUUUGCGUACUGUCUAUUUAUAAGGCUGGCGCCAUUGCAUCAAUAUCGAUAUAGUUCAUUCCCAUCUCCUUUAUCACCAAAGACUGUUCAUAGGAUAAUUCAUAAUUUCGCCUUGUUGAGAGACGUAAAUCUACCACAAGAAAUUCGCAAAGAACUUCAUGACGUUUUGGAAUACGCUUUAUCUCUUCUAUCAGAUGUUAAUAAAUAUUACGACCCCGUCUCUCACGGCGCUAAUUUGUUAAACAACUAUUUUAACGCCAUAGCAAUGCUGUUAUUUUCGAAAGCCGAACAAAUGAUAUGCAAAAAUUACCUAAUAGAAGCAUGGAAUAUCUAUUAUCCCCGAUUAACCCACAAUUCAAAUAAUCCUCAAGCAUCUUGUUCCUGCUCUAUGACAAAACAAGGAAUAUUUCAAUUCCUUCAUAAUGCAUGCGUUGAUUGUACUGAUAAUCUUCAAACAUUAACUGACUGUGAAACAUUUGUUAAAAAUAUUCCAUUUAAUUAUAUUCUGGCCGAUCACGAAGAUCCAGAGACGAUUCGUUACAAUGCUUCAUCUUUACCCACCUUCUACGGGCUUCUUCGAAUGUGUUGCAAACAUUCAAGGAAGUUUGCUAGACACUUAGCCUUUCAUGAAAAUCUAGCUUGGGCUUUCAAAAAUAUUUUACCUUAUCCAGCUAAAUAUGCAAGAACCAUAAAUGAAUUACAUGAAAUCAUGCGUUUCUUGGGUUCAAAAUAUCCAGAAUAUACCGAAGAAGAUAUCGAAGAUGUUAAUCGAUUUAGAGAAGAUUGUGCUAAGCAAUUGAUUGAAAAGAUUGAUCCUUGUUGUCAUUGGUCUGUUAUAACUUUUGUCAUAAGAACUUUGGUACAUACGGAUAGGGAAAAAAUCUUAGCUGUCGAAAAUCAAGCUAUACCCAAAUUGUUUCAAAGUAUUUGCUCUCUACAUAAGAUGUACUACGAAGCAACUGCCUGUAACGUCCUACCCGAUUUAAUAGACGUUUUAGAAUGUCUGGAGCCAUUAUUGAAGAUUGCACAUACGCACUCUUUCAAAAAUUCAAGGAUUCAUCGAAAAUGGCCUCAAAACGCUGAUAUUCUACCGCGCUUGGUCACUUUGUUGAAUGCUCACGCCUCUCAUGAAUUACGAUCAGCUACAAUCAGCGUUCUUAAACAGAUGCUAUUGAACUAUCAAGUAGAAGCUGUUAAGCAAAUGACGAGCGUCCUACUAAAAGAAAUGGAAAAAUUACCACAGCCUCACCCACCAAUGGGUCAAUAUUGGCCAUCUAGAACGUUUAAAGGUCAAGAAAAGCGUACUGUUAGAGCACAUUUUGCCAUGAGAUUCUGUCCAAAGUAUUUAGAAGCAGAAAAAGGCUUAGAUAAAGAGUACGACGCAAAAUUAGAGCAGUAUUUUGAAUCAUUCUAUUCAGUUAUGGACUUGUUGGUUCGAGUCGCAAUUAAUGCAAGUUGUCUAACUAAGGAGGUAGCUAGAUUGAGUAGCUUAGCUGGAUGUGAUGGUGCACCACUUCACUCUACAACCUAUGCAAGAGUUUGGAGAGAUAUUUUUAAAUCUUCAUCAAACGCUAGUGAAAUGGCUAUGAAACAAUUACGAUUGUGUGAUAUAGAAGUAACCGAUUAUUUAUUUUUGGUUCUCUGUAAAUAUCCGAAAUCCCUUGCUUUACCACCCAUUUACGAUUUCUGCAAAGUGGUACUUUACGAAUUUAUCAAACCCAUGUUUGAAAGGAAGCCUACUCUACUGGAUGAGUAUAUGCCUAAAAUAAUGGCGAUAGCCGCACGUAACCGUAUCGAGCUAUCUGAUUUACUCCACAUUGAAGGUGACGUCAGAGCCAUUGAUCUUAUCUUAUCUGUUCUGGAAAGAACGCAAGUGAAUAAAGAUAAUAUAUUUCCUGUCGAUUUAAUUGACGCCAUUAGAAAAUUAGAUUAUCUAUUUUAUGAAAAAUCUGAAAAUAGCUCGGCUGACGAAACGGAUGAAGAGAAAGAUUCUCUGACAGAAACGGAAGUUCCGCGGAAGAGGCGUAAAACAUCUUCAUCUAGUAGUGAUCAUAAUUCUCUAUCUCCACCCAGAAGGCGCGAAAGUAAAGAUGACGAGCCAGAAGUUAAAAAGAGAAAAGAAUCGGCAAAGGACGCAGAAUUAAAAAGCGUACGAAGCCUAAUUCAAAAUAUUCUAUCGAAAUUUCCUGUCGAAACUACCUCCACGGAUGCAAAUGAUGAGGACGACGACGACGACGACGAUGACGACGACGACGACGAAGAAGAAGAUGAAAGAAGCAGUGGACUAGAUGUACUGUAA